UUGUCCCGGUUGUUCCGGCUGUUCCUGUAGCGGGCUCGGUUCCGUUAGCGCAGAUUCUGGACGAAAACUGGCGCAGAUUUACCACACAGUGAAAACAAUGUUAGAGAGACCGACGUUUCCCACAAUAACCCGGAAUAAAGCCGCCUAUCUGUAGACUUUCUGACCGUGGUGACAUCGGGUUUGGACGGAGGGAUGCCGGUGGAGAGUGGGAGCAGCGCUGCCGCCCGCCAGGCCAAGCAGAAGAGGAAGUCCCACAGCUUGUCCAUCCGCAGGACCAACAGCACCGAGCAGGACCGCUCCGGCCUGCAGAGGGACAUGGUGGAGGGACAGUCCUCUGAUAAUCUGGAAUCCUUCAUGAGAAUGGAGGACUCGAAACUGCCCCUGUCUCUGAGGAGCAACCUGCUGGACCUGUUCAGUCAGAUCGAGAGGGAGUUUGAAAACCUCUACAUAGAAAACCUUGAAUUACGCAGAGAAAUCGAAACUCUGAACGACCGUUUGACUGCAGAGGGACAGACAUUCGAAGGGGCCGACUUGGCUAAAGGAGCUCUGAAAACUAAAGCGAGUCACAGCACCAGUCAGCUGUCCCAAAAACUGAAGACCACCUACAAGGCUUCAACCAGCAAGCCGCGUUCAAACUCUUGCCAUGCCAGAGUAGGUGGAUCCCGCAACUUCAGCGUAGCCAGCUGGGAGUUGUGGGGUGGAGACUCAUGGAUCGUGUCCAGUUUCAAAGCGACCACGUCCAGGGCGGUUUGCCAGCUGGUCAGGGAGUAUGUCGGCCACAGGGACGGCAUCUGGGACCUCAGCAUCACCAGGACUCAACCCAUGGUCCUCGGUACAGCGUCUGCAGACCACUCUGCCAUGUUGUGGAGCAUCGAGACGGGAAAGUGCCUCCUCAAAUAUAUGGGCCAUCAAGGAUCAGUCAACUCCAUCAAGUUCCACCCCACUGAACAGAUGGCUCUAACAGCCUCAGGAGAUCAGACGGCUCACAUCUGGAGAUACAUGGUCCAGCUGCCGACUCCACAGCCGGUUGCUGACAUCAGCCAGCAGACGCCCUGCGAAGACGACGUGGACUUCUCAGACAAAGAUGAGGCGGAUUGCGAGGUGGAGGGCCCCAACGACUGCCCCUCCAUCCGGGUGGCGACCACGACGCUCCGCAGCCAUCAGGGCGUGGUGAUCGCUGCUGAUUGGCUGGUGGGAGGUAAACAGGUUGUGACGGCAUCGUGGGACCGAGCCGCUAAUUUGUACGACGUGGAGACUUCAGAGCUGGUCCACUCACUGACUGGUCAUGACCAGGAGCUGACCCACUGCUGCACUCAUCCCACCCAGCGCCUGGUGGUCACCUCGUCCAGAGACACCACCUUCAGGCUGUGGGACUUCAGAGACCCGUCCAUCCACUCCGUCAACGUCUUCCAGGGACACACAGACACGGUGACGUCUGCUGUGUUCACGGUCGGAGACAACGUGGUUUCUGGGAGCGACGAUCGAACCGUCAAAGUGUGGGACCUGAAGAACAUGAGGUCGCCCAUAGCAACCAUCCGAACCGACUCCGCUGUCAACAGGAUCAGCGUCUCAGUGAACCAGAAGAUCAUCGCUCUUCCUCACGACAAUCGGCAGGUCCGGCUGUUCGACAUGUCCGGAGUCCGACUGGCUCGACUCCCACGGAGCAACAGACAGGGUCACCGGCGGAUGGUUUGCUGCUCCUCCUGGUGUGAAGAGAACUCCACCUGCAACCUGUUUACCUGCGGCUUUGACCGGCAGGCCAUCGGCUGGAACAUCAACAUCCCCGUCCUGCUGCAGGAGAAAUGACGUCCUCACACCGUCACCUUCCAGAGAAACUCGGUCUGUCUGCAGGAUCGGACCCUCAGGUUUAAAAGGCGGCUGUAAAAAGUCUGUCAGCUAGUUUGACGACACACUGACUUUUAGCAGCUGUCUUUUGAGCCUCCGGAGGGUUAGUUUGUAACUCGAUGGUUCCUGAGAUCAGGAAGUAGAAAAAGGACUCGCCGUCUGCUGCGUCUGUCGCUCUAAAUCACCACCGGUAGUCACCAAACACAGUUUUGUGUUUCUGUCGUGGAGGAAAGCAAACCCACGUACCACUGAUGGGGAAAAGCACAGAGACAGAACUCAAGAUGUUCUUCUUACCCAAAACAAAACCGCAUUUUACUGAUGCUAAAGCAUCAGAGAAUGAAGUUCUGCACAUUCUGCUUGAUGCUGAUUGAAGCUGCAAAACUACAAAUCUGGUUCAUGUUUCAACAAAGAUGGCCACCAGUUCCAUGUAGUCUCCUCUGGUUAGAUUCUGGAGUUAAUCUGCCUGUAGUUUACUUCCUGCUGCCUCUGAUUUCUGAACAUUAAGCAGUUUUCCGCUGCUGGACGUUCAGGUUUGAACCUUUGUAUAAGUUCCGACCGCUAAAGCCGUCCCUGUAGACCCUCUGUCAGGGGAGAGAAGAGUUCCUACUCCACAGCAGGAACUCUCUGCGUCCCUGAAAAAGGCUGACUGGUUAAACUCAGAGAGGACAAACUGUGAAACAUAAACAGAUAGCUGGAGUAAUGAAAGCUCCUGGUUGUUGUUGCUUUGGUUCAGUCUGACUAAACGUCACAGUGGAAGCAGAAAAGUUAAUUUUUAAAUGUUAACUCUCUCCAGUAGAAAGUCGCCUGUUGAUGGGACAUAAAAGCUGAAGAAAGAGAGUUACAACCGUUUUCUGCAUCCAGAAAUAACUUCACAUUUCUAAACUGUUAGUCCAGCGUUAAACUGAACUUUAACUUCUCAAGGUUUUUUGUCUCUUCGGCACCUGAGAGUCUGAUACCUGUAACAUCCAUGAUACUGAACAAACUAACGGUCCUGAUCAGAGUCGCUGUUCUUUUGUGUUGUCAAAUGACAAAUAAUCCCAUUUUAGAUGGAAGCUUUGCUCUAGUUAGUCACAGCUCAGUUCUGCUGUCGGACCUUUUUACAAAGCACUGAUUCCUGUUCCAGUUUCUGUUUCAGCUGCAGUAAAAAUAAGACCUCAGCAGGUGAGGUUUGCUGGACUUGUUGACACAUGAACUAAAGGAGUUUGGUGUUUCUGUUGUGUUUAAAGAAGAUCGUCCACAAAUCCUCAACACAAGUUUUGUCACAGAUAACUAGAAACAAUCAUCUCCUGCCCUGUGGUCUGUCCACACAAACAGAAAAGAGACGACCACGUUCUGACUAAACAUGUGGAGACUUUAAGGGUUGUAGAAGUGUUACUGCAUCUGGAGGUUUGCAGACAAAAAUCAAAUCAAGUGUAUUUAUUAAGCACAUUGUAAAACCAGUUUACCAAAGUGUUAAAAGACAAGACGAUGAUUUCGACGACAUGCAAAAAAAAUAAAACAGAAAACAGGAGAAAACUUUAAAAUUAGUUUAAGUAAAACAAAAUUUCAUCACAUUUUUAGAGCAAUUUCUGCUCGAUCAUCUCUGAUUUUUAUAUCAGAAAAUAUGGAUAUUUAUAAAGAUAUCUGCUAAAUUUUAGUUUGAUUAGUUUAAGAAUUUGGCACAAAUCUGCCCGUUGACCCACAUUCAGCAGGUUGAUUCUCACAUUUAUAUUUCAGUCUGUUUGAACAACUAUCUGAGGAACUAUUAAAGAUAAUAACCUGAAAAUGUUUAGAAUAAAUAUUUAGAUUUUUGUUCCUGUGACCUGCAGCUACAUGUGCUUCAGAAAAUAUCACUGGUUGACUUUACUGUUAAUGAGCUCAAAGAUGGAAUGUUUCAUUAUAACUUUCAUGUUUUACAUAUUUUAGCUCACCAAUAAUCAGAGAUUAUUGAUCUACUGUCCAACAUUAUAGAUUCUGAAUCAGGGACAUGAUGAGAAACAACAGAAAAUUUCAGAUUUUUGUCUUUAAUUGUUCUUCAGAUAUUUAAUGUAUCUGUUAAAAAUUGUCAGAUUCCAUUUUAAAUAUUCCUAGUUAAAGAAGAAGUUUGGUUGAGCAGAAGAUCUCUGGUGAGGUGUAUGAAAAGAAGUUAACAUAAAAUACUAAAAGAAAAAGAAGAGACAAAAACAGCUUCUAAAGUCAAAUAUAAAGUGUUAAAUGUUAACUCCACUAAGUCGUUGAAAACUUCAUCGUGUAAUGAAUAAAAAAGGCUGAAGACGAGCUUUAAGAAGCGUAGAGACGUGUGAGUCCUGCUGUCGUACUCAUAUGAUUGUAAAAGACUUUUUCACGGCGCCCUUUAGGAUUCUGUCUUUGUCACGUUUGUUCCGGUACCCUAAAAAACCCAAACUUGAGCCGGACCUGUGAGGAGCGUCGUGCAGCGUUGGCCUGCUUAGCUUUCCCACUGCCACCCAGACAAACCGGGACACUCCACACUCAGUGUUCGCUGUUGUAAAGACGGGAAGUUUCCUCAGCACAAUAAACAAGCACAGUUGGUUUCACGCUUUAGCCUGCUUUAGUGGAGCGUUCGCUGGCUUGUAAUUAAAGUGUACGUUUGUGUACACGCACAGCUUCUACGUAUGUAUUUGUGGUCACACUUUACUGCUGCCUUUUGCAAACCUGAAAAACCAACUGAAGACGAUUACAGGCCGGUCAGAGGGCACCGUGCUGACCUGCUCUAACAUUUGUACCAUAUAAAUUGUAAUAUAUAUGAAGAACGUUUGGCGGCAGCAGUUUUAUUAGCAUUUAUAACUUGAUGACAUGUUUUUUGUGUGUUUAUUUUGUGUUAAACCACUUUAUGACUUCGUGAUGGAUGAUCAUCAGUUUUUACAUUCACAUAAAGCUGAGCUCUUCUUCUCAUUUAUUCCAGGGAUGACGAAUCCAAAUGUCUUCUUUUGUCUUAAAAUUACCAGAAGUAAUUAAAAUUCUAUGUGCAGUUUGUUGUUUUCAGUACUUAUAUCGACAGUAUAUUAUUUAAAAACAUUUUGUAGAACCAUUAGGAUCUGUAGGAGAACCAGAGUAGAACAUUUACAGAUAUAGAUGGUGUUGUAGCUCACCAGACUCCUUAAAAUCUGAAAAAAGUUCCCUCAAACCUCCUCAGAAUAUCUGGUUCUUCAUGUCCAGUAACUUUAUCAAUGAUCAGAGUUCUACCUUCAUACUGGGAAUAUUUCCAGAGUUCCAGGUCCUUGAAGUUCAUAGAGGAGAACGUCCCCUGGAAAAAGUUCUACUUUGAAACUUUCUCCAGUUGUCAGUAGGUCUACUUUAGAACUUUCUCCAGUUGUCAGUAGGUCUACUCUAGAACUUUCUCCAGUUGUCGGUAGGUCUACUCUAGAACUUUCUCCAGUUGUCGGUAGGUCUACUCUAGAACUUUCUCCAGUUGUCGGUAGGUCUACUGUAGAACUUUCUCCAGUUGUCGGUAGGUCUACUGUAGAACUUUCUACAGUUGUCAGUAGGUCUACUCUAGAACUUUCUCCAGUUGUCGGUAGGUCUACUCUAGAACUUUCUCCAGUUGUCGGUAGGUCUACUGUAGAACUUUCUCCAGUUGUCGGUAGGUCUACUCUAGAACUUUCUACAGUUGUCAGUAGGUCUACUCUAGAACUUUCUACAGUUGUCAGUAGGUCUACUCUAGAACUUUCUCCAGUUGUCGGUAGGUCUACUCUAGAACUUUCUCCAGUUGUCGGUAGGUCUACUGUAGAACUUUCUCCAGUUGUCGGUAGGUCUACUCUAGAACUUUCUACAGUUGUCAGUAGGUCUACUCUAGAACUUUCUCCAGUUGUAGGUAGGUCUACUGUAGAACUUUCUCCAGUUGUCGGUAGGUCUACUCUAGAACUUUCUACAGUUGUCAGUAGGUCUACUCUAGAACUUUAUCCAGUUGUCAGUAGGUCUACUCUAGAACUUUCUCCAGGGGAUGUUCUCCUUUCCUGCUUCCAGUCUUUCAGUUUAGUCUCACUGAGAACAUUCCAGGUCCUUGAAGUCCAUAGAGGUGGAUCCAGAUUUAUCACUUUUUAAUGGACUUUUUCCAUCAUUUCUGAUCCUCAGAACCUCAUCAGUCCAGCAGAUAGAACCAUGACAUUUAGGAGGAGAAACACAUCUGAGUUCUGGUAAAAACUGACCCCAGAUCAGUUUAAAUCCAUCCAGGCGUCACAGUCUGAACACUGAAUCUGUUUUCUCUUCACUUUCUCUAUAUCCAUCUAUGAGCAUCAAUAUUAUGGGAUGCAUCCUAGUUUCCUGUCACAAAACUGUCUUCUAUGAUCAACAACAAAAAAAAAACAGAUACAAAAAAUUUUUAAUUUAGACACAAAGCAAAAAAACGAGACGAGAAAUGAGACAUGAAAUGCUUAAAAACAGAAACAAAGCAAGAAAAACAAGACAUGAAACAGAAAAAAAACGCAAAAUAACAAAAACAAUAACAAAAACUGUCCCAACGACAAACAUAACAACACAAAAUUGAUGCGUAAUGACAAAAGGGAGACAAGUGACAAAGAUUAGCAGAAAACGAGAAGAAACAGAAAACUGGAAAAAGAGACAUAAAACGACCAAAAAUAUCAGUUUAAAUCCAUCCAGGUGUCUCAGUCUGAACACUGAAUCUGGUUUCUGUUCAUUUUCACUAUAACCAUCUGUGAUCAUCAGCAUUAUGGGAUGUAUCACAAUUUCACGCCAAAAUGAAACAAAACUGGCCCAAAAACACACAAAACGGUCAAAACAUCACAAUAUACGACUAAAACGAGACACAAAAAGCCUAAAUUUAGAUACAAAGCAGAAAAAAGGACAGACGAAACUACAAAAAUGAUGCAAAAUCACACAAAACAAGAAAAACAGACGCAAAGUGACAAAAUAACGACAGAGACAAAACUGUCCCAAAGACAAACAACACAAAACUAAUGAGCACAAAACAGGAAAAACAAAGUGACAGAAAAGCAAAACAUCAGUUUUACCUCCAUCCAGGUGUCCCAGUCUGAACACUGAAUCUGUUUUCUGUUCAUUUUCUCUAUAACCAACUGAGCAUCAGUAUUAUGGGAUGUAUCGUAGUUUUACAUAGAAUGACCUAAGAGCAUCUUUUCAUCUCAAGUCUUUUAUUUUGAAGUGCAGCCGUCCCUGGUCUAAAUGACAGGAAGUGUGAUUUGUGUGAAGAAGGCUGGGAGCUGAGUGUGAAUGUUUGCUCUUUGUCUUCUUCUGCAGCAGGUUCACUGCCCUCCACUGCAUUUUCUACCAACACUGAUCCACUUUGUUCAUCUUUCACCAGUUUUUAGUGAAUGUUCUGGUCAUCGGUCCUGUUGUCGCUGAGCGUCUGAAGCCUGUAGAUCUGUGGCUCCGUGCUGUUUUCAGUGCUUUGUGUGGUCGAUGUAGAAAAAACAGCUCCGUUCUCCCAAAACAGAAAACUUCACCACAGUCUGGUGGAUCAGAUCUGUGAUGAGAAACAAAUGAGGGCUUGUGGAAUUCAAAUAAAACACUUGUGCUGUUUGAA